AAUGAACGAUGGUAAAUAUUCGAAUAGGAUAUCAUUUUUGGAUUAUGUUAAAUUUAGAUAAAUAGAUAAUACAAUGUUGUUGAAUAUUUACAUGAACAAUUUGCUUAAAUGCUGAAUUAAAAUUUGCUAGAAAAUUCGAGCUACCAAUAUAAGCUAUGAAAAAUGUCGAUUCGAGGUUGAUAUUAUUUUUAUAAUCGCUUUUUAUUAAAAAACAUCCAUAAAACAAGCAAAUAGAAGAUGAAUUUUACAUUUGUAGACAAUGCUAAACAAAAGUAAAUUUUGAUUUAAAUAAUAUGGAC